AUGGAUCUGAAAGUUGCGUUUGUGAUUGUCUGUCUGUGCGCUUUGGCCAUCACCUCUACUGAAGCUGGCAUUCCAAAAUGCUGCAUCAAAACAAAAAAGCACAUCCCUGUCCGAGUGCUGAUGAUGGUUCAAAGAAUCACUGUGCAGAAAAGCAGCGGCGCCUGUGACAUCCCUGCACUGAUACUGCAUCUAAAGGACAUUAGGAAGCCCAUAUGUGCUCAUCCCAAACUGAAGACAGCUCUGAUUGUGCUGCAGAUGAGGAUGAAACAGAACAAGCAGAAAGCAGCUUACUGAGACGUCAUGCUUUCUUCAGUUGGUGUUUCAAGAGCUUGCAUCAUACAUACGCCCUUAUGGUUGUUUCUUUUUUUAUUGAUUAUGAUCAUUUAGAAGUAGUUGUACUUCCAUUUUAUACUACUCUAUACAUUUAAUCAUUAAUACAUUUUACUUCCUACUCACAAGAGUGAAAUAUUGUACUUUUUACUCUACUACAUUUAUGUAACAGCUAUAGUUACUUGAUUAACUAUGAAGCAGUUAAAAUCCGCUCAACCUCGACUGUCUGCAACAUUGCAACACAAUAACAUUAAUAACACAUAAAGUGAUAGUUUUACAUAUAAUGGAGAUAUCUUUUAUAGUUUGGUAAAUAAUGUGAAUACUACUUCCACCAUUGCAUUUAUACUUUGUGUGAUAAUACAAUUGUAAAAGAAAAUCUCUGUAAAAUGUGAUUUAUUUUCUGUUAUUUGUGUUUGUGUGUACAGAAGUAGCAGUGGUGAUGAUUGAAGGGAGAUAGGUUUUAGAUACAAUGCUCCUUUUGGCAAAUAAUAAUAAGUAAUUUCAGAAAGAUAUAGGUUUAAAUAAUGUGUUGAUUUUGUUCUGGUUAUAUCAAGAAACGCAGUCACAACCCACCAACCAGAGGGAGGGUGAUAACUGUCAAUCACUACUGAUAAAGUUAUUCGGAUUAAUCCUAUGGGCCAACACUCGGCUUCAGAGGAUGUUCAUAAAUAUGAUGUUAAUACUGAAUUUAAUUUGUAUUUCAGAUGGACACUUUAUAUACAUGAGGAGUCUAU